AUGUCUUCCCAGCAGCGAAUGGUUCCAGCACCUAGCCCCAAGCCCCCAGCCCCUAGCCCCAGCCCCCAGAUACCAUCCCUCAGUCCCGUGUCCCCAGUUCCAGCACCUAGCCCCAAGCCCCCAGCCCCUAGCCCCAGCCCCCAGAUACCAGCCCUCAGUCCCGUGUCCUCAUUCCAGCCCUUAGGCCCAAGCCCCAGCCCCCAGAUACCAUCCCUCAGUCCCGUGUCCCCAGUUCCAGCCCUUAGGCCCAAGCCCCAGCCCCCAGAUACCAUCCCUCAGUCCCGUGUCCCCAGUUCCAGCCCCAGCCCCCAGAUACCAGCCCUCAGUCCCGUGUCCCCAGUUCCAGCCCCUAGCCCCAAGCCCCUAGCCCCAGCCCCCAGAUACCAUCCCUCAGUCCCGUGUCCCCAGUUCCAGCCCUUAAGCCCAAGCCCCAGCCCCCAGAUACCAUCCCUCAGUCCCGUGUCCCCAGUUCCAGCCCUUAGGCCCAAGCCCCAGCCCCCAGAUACCAUCCCUCAGUCCCGUGUCCCCAGUUCCAGCCCCAGCCCCCAGAUUUCCAGCCCCAGCCCCCAGAUACCAUCCCUCAGUCCCGUGUCCCCAGUUCCAGCCCUUAGGCCCAAGCCCCAGCCCCCAGAUACCAUCCCUCAGUCCCGUGUCCCCAGUUCCAGCCCCAGCCCCCAGAUACCAGCCCUCAGUCCCGUGUCCCCAGUUCCAGCCCUUAGGCCCAAGCCCCAGCCCCCAGAUACCAUCCCUCAGUCCCGUGUCCCCAGUUCCAGCCCCAGCCCCCAGAUACCAGCCCUCAGUCCCGUGUCCCCAGUUCCAGCCCCAGCCCCCAGAUACCAGCCCUCAGUCCCGUGUCCCCAGUUCCAGCCCUUAGCCCCAAGCCCCAGCCCCCAGAUACCAUCCCUCAGUCCCGUGUCCCCAGUUCCAGCCCCAGCCCCCAGAUACCAGCCCUCAGUCCCGUGUCCUCAGUUCCAACCCCUAGCCCCUAGCCCCAAGCCCCUAGCCCCAGCCCCAAGAUACGAUCUCUCAGUCCCGUGUCCCCAGUUCCAGCCCCAGCCCCCAGAUACCAGCCCUCAGUCCCGUUUCCAACCCCUAGCCCCUAGCCCCAAGCCCCUAGCCCCAGCCCCAAGAUACCAGCCCUCAGUCCCGUGUCCCCAGUUCCAGCCCUUAGGCCCAAGCCCCAGCCCCCAGAUACCAUCCCUCAGUCCCGUGUCCCCAGUUCCAGCCCUUAGGCCCAAGCCCCAGCCCCCAGAUACCAUCCCUCAGUCCCGUGUCCCCAGUUCCAGCCCCAGCCCCCAGAUUUCCAGCCCCAGCCCCCAGAUACCAUCCCUCAGUUCCGUGUCCCCAGUUCCAGCCCUUAGGCCCAAGCCCCAGCCCCCAGAUACCAUCCCUCAGUCCCGUGUCCCCAGUUCCAGCCCCAGCCCCCAGAUACCAGCCCUCAGUCCCGUGUCCCCAGUUCCAGCCCUUAGGCCCAAGCCCCAGCCCCCAGAUACCAUCCCUCAGUCCCGUGUCCCCAGUUCCAGCCCCAGCCCCCAGAUACCAGCCCUCAGUCCCGUGUCCCCAGUUCCAGCCCUUAGCCCCAAGCCCCAGCCCCCAGAUACCAUCCCUCAGUCCCGUGUCCCCAGUUCCAGCCCCAGCCCCCAGAUACCAGCCCUCAGUCCCGUGUCCCCAGUUCCAGCCCCUAGCGCCAAGCCCCAGCCCCAGCCCCCAGAUACCAGCCCUCAGUCCCGUUUCCAGCCCUUAGGCCCAAGCCCCAGCCCCCAGAUACCAUCCCUCAGUCCCGUGUCCCCAGUUCCAGCCCCAGCCCCCAGAUUUCCAGCCCCAGCCCCCAGAUACCAUCCCUCAGUUCCGUGUCCCCAGUUCCAGCCCUUAGGCCCAAGCCCCAGCCCCCAGAUACCAUCCCUCAGUCCCGUGUCCCCAGUUCCAGCCCCAGCCCCCAGAUACCAGCCCUCAGUCCCGUGUCCCCAGUUCCAGCCCUUAGGCCCAAGCCCCAGCCCCCAGAUACCAUCCCUCAGUCCCGUGUCCCCAGUUCCAGCCCCAAGCCCCCCAGAUACCAGCCCUCAGUCCCGUGUCCCCAGUUCCAGCCCCAGCCCCCAGAUACCAGCCCUCAGUCCCGUGUCCCCAGUUCCAGCCCUUAGCCCCAAGCCCCAGCCCCCAGAUACCAUCCCUCAGUCCCGUGUCCCCAGUUCCAGCCCCAGCCCCCAGAUACCAGCCCUCAGUCCCGUGUCCCCAGUUCCAGCCCCUAGCCCCAAGCCCCAGCCCCAGCCCCAGCCCCCAGAUACCAGCCCUCAGUCCCGUGUCCCCAGUUCCAGCCCCAGCCCCCAGAUACCAUCCCUCAGUCCCGUGUCCCCAGUUCAAGCCCCUAGCUCCUAG